AUGCUCACGUUUCGUUUGUGGAAUGAACUCAGAAUAAAAUGGCCUGAAACAUUUUGGGAUGAUUGGAUGCGUGAAUCUGCUCAACGUAUGGAACGAUCAUGUAUAAGACCAGAGGUAUCACGUACAGGUAUCAGUGUAAGAGGCAAAAAAGGUGUCAGUAAAGGUAUGUAUUUUGAAAAGCACUUGAAACACAUAAUGCUCAAUGCGAAUUUCUACAAUUUCUCGCAAGCUAAUUUGUCCUAUCUAAAAAAAGAAAAUUAUGAUCGUGCUUUCAAGAAUUCUGUUCUCGAAGCAGUUCCCGCAAAUUUAGAUGAAAUUCUCAAAGGAAGAUUUUCCAAUGGUACUGUUUUGCCGAAUAAAGUCCGUUUAUUUUAUGCGGCUUCAGUUGAUUUCAAGGCAUUAGCUAAAAAAUUUGCUGUUAUGGAUGAUUUUCGAGUAUAUGUCGUACGUGUUAUUACGGAGUGGUAUCUUUCCGAUAUGGUCAGCACCACAUUUUUCUGA